UACAAGUCCCCAGUUUUGGUGAAAUGGCAGAUUUGGGGCAUGGCAUCAUCCUUUCCUGGAAGUUUGCUUUACCCACCUUUGCAGCACCCACCUUUCCUGACAGCCUCCCUGAAAAAAACAAUUUAUUUAGCCCCACUGCAGUGACAGAGGUGGCAUUGGUGGGGAUGGGGACACUGGACAGCCCCUUUGGGAAGGGGGAUGAGAUGACAGUGGAGUUUUUCUCCUUGUUCUCCCUCUCAGGACUGCUGAGUCUCCCUGUGGCCAUGUGGUGCUGCCUGACCCCACCAUCCGGCCCGGGGCCAGCGUGACUGCGACAUCCUGCCUGUCCUUUUCCGGGUCCAACGCCUCCGCCACUGAACAGUUUGAUGGAGAAUCGGUCGGAUGACAGCAGGAACUGUUGUUAUCACCGGGGGAAUCCUAGCAACAGUGAUCCUACUGUGCAUCAUUGCUGUGCUCUGCUACUGUAGGCUACAGUACUACUGCUGCAAGAAAAAUGACUCCGAUGAGGAAGAGGAGGAGGAAGAGGAGGAGGAGGAGGAGGAAGAGCCCGACCUGCCCGCGCACUCGCACCUCAUCAUGUGCAACGCCUGCAGCUCCCGCAUGGUGGACGGGCAUGGCAGCCCCGCGCCGCCACCCGGCGAGCUCAACCAGCACGGGGCUCACACCUACUGCCCGACGUGCUCCCCCUACGGCUCCCCCUUUUACAUCCGGACUGCCGACACGGUGCGCAACGGGGGCGAGAGGGUCGCCUACACCCCCGCGUGCUACAAGGAGGUGGGGCCGCCCCUCAACAUGGCCUCCCUGCAAAGCUACACGGUGAGCCGCCACGGCCUCCUCCGCGACAGCUUCCCGAACCCGCGGGCCAUCAGCACGGAGGUGUAGUCACCAUUGCCACUAGCACAGGGUGUCCCCAGCUGGUGCCUGCUCCAGGGAAGGGGCUUUUCACUUGUUUUUGAGGAGAGGAGCCCGUAGCCCAGCCCGAGGCCAUCGCGGCCCUGCUGAGGCGCCCGGCACAGCCAAGCCCCGCGGGCCAGAAGGCGAGUGAGACCUCAAAGGGCAACGCUGAACCGGCCACCUCCGAACCCAUCAUAAGUGUCAUUAUUAUCUACUCUCUCUCCCAAAGGGACUUGUCUAACGAGGGCUAUGUACAGUACAACCUAAUUUAAUUACCCCCGGCUCUCUGAGCUCAGUGAGGCCUUUGGUGUCCCCACACAGCCAGCCGAGGUGAUGCCUGCUGCCUCCGGCACACGGAGCAAUGGGCUGAUCAUCCAGGGCCACCUGCCGUUCCCAGUGAAUCCCAGGGCCCAGCAGGUCAUGCCAGCGCUCCUCAGCCAUGGGGAAGUGAAGAAGGGAAGAUCCAGGUCAUCCUGCUCCCCUCGUACUGCAUCAGCUGCCACUAGCAGUUAGCUUUUCUGUUCAAGUGUAAGAUAGGGCAUCGUCUCCCACCUGCUUCGGUCUUUGCACGUGCUGAAGAAGUUCAGGACAUGAAUUUAGGUCACUGCUGGGGGAGGAAAGUUCCUCCCAAAAGAGCUCACCCAUGCCAACAGGCACAGGCCAGUCCUUCUGCGGCCAAAGCCCCCACCUCUUCUACUCUUCACAAGCUUUCUUAGGAACAGUUUUAACUUGGACCCAUGAAUAUGGCAAGAUUUUACUUAUGGGAAGAAUUGAAUUCCUAAAUAACCAGUUUUGGUCACCUUCAGCUUUCAAAGCCCCGCCCUGACAGCUCUGACAGCCAGAGGAAGGUUGGCUUUAGGAUGGAUUUUGAUUUUGACAGCAACAGCAGAGCCCACUGGCUCAUGUCUUCUUUGCAGGGUGCUCCCACUGGAGAGUGAUGUUCAGGUGUUUGGGGUCCCCCUGCUUUUGCUUCUGGAAGAGGAGAGUGCAAGACCCAAAUGUGUCCUGGACAUGUUGUGAACGUGGGUUCACAGGCACUGCAGCCAACAGUGACAGCCAGUGACUCUGCCUUUCUGCAAAAAUGAAUGUGGGAAAGUUUCUUCUUCCUCCAUAAAUCAAAUUAGGUGAAAAAUUACUAAA